AAGCAAUCUUCACACACAGGGCCAGCCAGCAGACGGAGUGGAUCCCAUCCAGGCAGGUGACCCGAGGCCUGACCACACAAGAUGCCAAGAGAAGAGGCUCACUACAUCUAUGGUUCCCGCAAGAAGGGGCACGGCCACUCCUACGUCACAGCUGAAGAGGCUGCAGGGAUUGGCAUCCUGAUAGUGAUCCUGGGAAUUUUACUGCUCAUCAGCUGCUGGUACUGUAGAAGACGAAGUGGAUACAGAAGCUUGAAGGUGGACAAAAGCAUUCAUGCUGGUACUCAAAGUACCUUAACAGGAAGAUGUUCACGUGAGGGGCUUGGUCACCAGGACACCAAACUGCCUUUUCAAGAGAACAAUUGUGAACCUGUGGUUCCCAAUGCUCCACCUGCCUAUGAGAAACUCUCCACGGAACAGUCACCACCACCUUACUCUCCGUGAGAGCCAGCGAGGCCCCUGAGAGAUGCUGAAAUGAUUUCCCUCACACUUUUUGUUGAAUCUGAUGUGGGCAUGCAAUGUUCUGCUUCAGAAUGCUAUAGAAACAGUGUACAUCAUCUCUACUAUUAAGCUGAGUGUUAAAUUCUUUAUAGGGCAACUAGCAAUACUGAUUGAGGAAAUGAUGAGAAAUAUUAAAAUGGGAAAAGCUUUGUCAAUAAACAUUGUAAUGGAUGAUAC